AUGGCCGAGCCUUCUGGGAACGAGCUGGCGUCCGCGGCUGCCAAGGGGGACCUAGUGCAACUUACUAAUUUGUUGCAAAAGAAUGUAAACGUCAAUGCACAAAAUGGAUUUGGGAGGACUGCGCUGCAGGUUGGUAUCCAGAGAGGGAAGGAAAUGUUUCAUCACUGGCUGCUGCUGCUUUCUCCUUUCCGCGCUGUGGGUGAGGACCGACCCCUCCGGAGCGGGCAGCGGGCUGCUCGGACCCUCGGGGAGGAGGGCAACCUGGCUCUGCACUGGGCAGCCCGGGAGGGGCACGCGCGGGUGGUGGAGGUGCUGCUGGGCUGCGCCGGCUGCAAGGUGGGCCACCAGAACAAGCGGGGGGCCACCGCCUACGACCUGGCCAAGCUCUACAAGCGAGCCGCCGUGGUGAAGCUCCUGGAGGGCAGCAGUUCCUUCCCCGCCGCCGCGGACUAA